CACCCACGUCUAUAAAUUGUUCAAAUAAAACCCUUGUCUCUCGUAACCCCCAAAUCUCGAUUCAAUCUCAUAUUCAAAUUUUCUUUCUCCUUCUCUAGAAGAACAAAGAAUUCAGCAAAGGAAAUUCAAGAUGUGUUGUGGAACGAAGCUGUGCUGUUUAUGCCUUUGCAUUAUAUUAGUGGUGAUAGCCAUUGGAAUGCUCUUCGGUUUUGGGAUAUUCAAGCAUGGGUUUCACAAAUUGAAGGAUACGGUGCAUGACUACGAUCCCACCGCCGUAAGUGGAGGCGCCGCCUACGGACGCCGUCCUUUUUUGGGUUUCACUGCUCCUCCGCCUUACUAGGGUCUUUAAUUAUUCAUCUGAAAAUUGAUUGGAUUUGUUUAGAAUAAUAUAUGCUGUUGCUUUAUUCGACAAGAUUAAAGGAUUCGUGUUCUUUACUCUUCUUUAGUUUGUAGUUUCAAUUGUAAAAUUGAUUCAAUUAAUUAUUGUUGCCUCUUUGGUGUGAUAUGCUGUGGAUACGGAUUUGAUUGGUUGAGAUUUUUAAGGUUGAUUAGUGA